UGUUGUGUUUUCUGUAAUGUUGUAUUUUCUGAAAUAUUCUGUAAUAUUGUUGUAUUUUCUAUAACAUAGUUAUGAUUUCUGUGAUAUUGCUUUUUAUGUAGCUAUAUUGUGUUCUCUAUAAUGUUGUGUUUAUAUAUUGUUGUUGUGUUUUGUGUAAUGUUGUGUUUUCUAAAAUGUUCUUGUAUUUCUGUAAUGCUGUUGUGUUUAGACCCUCAGGGCCACCAUACCACAGUGGCCAUAUACCAAAGUUUACAGCUUGAAAAAAAAAAAAAAUCUCUGACGACAUGAAUUGCACGUCGGACGACUUGCAGACGACACAAGAAGCGAAAAACGUACCUAAAAGCUAAAUCCGGUAAAAACAUUCAAAAUAAAAUUCUCAUUGGUAAGAAACGAGAAAUUACAACGCAUAUAAUGUCAAACACGACGUAAUAAUACUCAAACCACAUGCUUUGUUGACUGCUAAAAAAAAUUGAAAUAUUAAAAUAUGGUUUUGUCUCAAAAUCAAAAUCUUUAGCUGUGUCACACCUUUAUUGUGAAAGUAAAGUCGCCUCACUUCCUGUGUUUUUCCGCCUCUGUGGAGGCCACGCCCACUCGACGCAGCCGCCUCAGCUCGUACGUUCCGAGGCUCGUCCAAUUGCAGAGCGAUAUACGGCGAUUUUUGCAUUCGCCCCACUUGCAAUGGAAAAAGCACGUACAGACACGUUUUUGAUAACUGGGGGAUGUGGCUAUUUUGGUUAUCGCCUGGCGUGCUCUCUGCGUGAAAAAGGAGCCAAAAUCAUCCUGUUCGACACGAUCCCUUCAACACAAGAGGUGCCAGAGGACGUUGUGUUUGUUCAAGGAGAUAUACGUGAAUAUGCCCACGUUGAGAGGGCCGUCGCUGGCGUGGACUGUGUAUUCCACAUCGCCUCCUAUGGCAUGUCUGGAAGGGAGCAGCUGAACCGGCACCUGAUCGAGGCGGUGAAUGUUCAAGGCACCCAGAACGUCCUGAAGGCCUGCGUCGAACAUGGAGUGUCCAGGCUGGUUUACACCAGCACCUUCAACGUGGUGUUCGGAGGCCAAGUGAUAGAGAACGGUGACGAAAGCCUCCCUUACCUCCCUCUCCAUCUUCACCCUGACCACUACUCCAGAACCAAGUCCAUGGCUGAGAUGGCAGUGCUGAAAGCUAACGGCACCGCGCUGCAUGAUGGCUCCGGGGUGCUGAGAAGCUGCGCACUGCGUCCUGCAGGAAUCUACGGGCCUGGUGAGCAGAGGCACCUGCCCAGGAUCGUUGGCUACAUAGAGAAGGGGAUCUUCAGGUUUGUGUACGGUGACGCCAGCAGCCUGGUGGAGUUUGUCCAUGUGGACAACCUGGUGUCAGCGCACGAGCUCGCUGCAGAGGCCCUGACCGCAGAGCAGCAGCACCGCUCUGCCGGCCAGCCUUACUUUAUCUCAGAUGGCAGGCCUGUUAACAAUUUUGAAUUCUUCAGACCUCUGGUAGAGGGCUUAGGCUAUCCUUUCCCCAAGGUACGCCUUCCUGUCUCUCUCAUUUACUUUUUUGCCUUCCUGACAGAAAUGAUUCACCACCUCGUCGGGCCCUUUUAUAACUUCCAGCCAUUGCUGACGCGUACAGAAGUGUAUAAAACUGGUGUGACGCAUUACUUCAGCAUGGCAAAAGCUAAGGCGGAGCUCGGGUACGAGCCCCAGGAGCACAACCUGGAUGAGGUUGUGCAGUGGUUCAGGAGCAGAGGCCACGGGAAGAAAUCUCACAGAUCCUACCUCGGUCGAUUGAUACUAGACAUCCUGUGUGUUGCUGCCUUUGUUGCUGUGGCUCUCUCUUUUCUUCCCCUUGUUGGCGGUUGAUGGGCAGCGAAAGCAGAAAAAAAAAAAAUCAUUCUGAUAUUCUCCAAGUCCCAAACAUGAGAUUGUAUCAAGACUGGUUAAGAAUUAAGAAAUACCUUGUUAAUCCCUCAGGGGGAGGAAAUCAAUUCUUUCACUGUAUUAUGCAGUUUACAGUUACAUAGAAAUACAGACGGAUGCUGGGGACAACACAUAGCGAUGCUCCUCAAACAAUUAGGGGUUUGGUGCCUUGCUCAAGGGACACAGGAGUGUGUAGGCGGUAGACACAACACUCCACAGCACUCUCCACACUGUGGUUUGAAGUGGCCACCCUCCUGUUCCCAGACCAGGUCCCAGAACACCGAGCCACAGCCGCCAUUGUUUACAGGCACAUCAACAGGUUCUUCAGAUAUUAAUAAGCUAUUCAGCAGCUGAUGGUGUGACACCCCAUCACAUGUGAACACAAUCAUACAAUCUCUGUACUGUAACGUCUUCAUUUUACGUCCUGUUGGUUUCUGUCCCUUUCAGAGAUUAUUUGUGGAACACUACCUCUUUUUUUUCUCACAUUUCUAAAAAGGGAAAAGCUGUUAAUAACGUUAAAAGUGUCUUUUUCUUUUUUAAAAAUGCUGUUGUUAAUGUGAAAUGUCCUGAAAAUGACUAAUAAAAACCCCUUUGAGAGGAAAAUGUG